AUGGAACUGACUGGGUAUCAAACCCAGGUCGCCAGCAAGAGCCGGCUAGGAUCAUGUUAGCCUAUUGAGCUGAAAGCGUAGGCCACUAAAAGCCUAGGCAUUGAAAUAUUCAGGUCUCAGGCAAAAUGACUCAUCACAUGACAGUUGAUCACUAAAACACAAAAACAACUCUGCCUAUUGAUUGAAUAGAAUCUGAUAUCCCCCUGUGUAUGUAUGAUGCAAGAAAAUCAGCUGUGUCUCUGUUGAUAAACUCUGGUCCCUCUGCUCUCCAGCUUGGGAGUUUGCGGAGGAGGCAAUCGCUUGUCAGCGCGCUGCGUUCCAGCGCUGGGGAGGGAUGUCGGACUGGGAUAAUUGCUACUACACCUUUGAUGGGACUUAUGAGGCAGCUCAGCACAAGGUCUUCCAGGAGAUGCACAGCAAGGUGGGAUAUAUUCAAUUUUAUUCUAUUCUGUUCUAUUCUAUUCUAUUUGGGCCAGCCUGCCUCUCCAGAGGACCUGACUCAUUCUUACUCUCUCUUUCUCUCUCUUGCUCUCUCUCCAUUUCAGGAUCUAACUGUUUGUUCUUGUGUUGUCAUUUCUAGGUUCUGAUCUCACAGGACUAUACACCAGUGUUCUGGUCUCCUUCCUCCAGUUAGGUAGCACUGAGUGGCUUCUGGAUAUCACAAGUCUCUACUUUGGUGGCUUUCUCUGUCCCUCCUCAUUCUCAGCCCCCCUCUCACCCCUCCUUCCAUUCUCCCCCUCCAUAUCUCUAUUUCUUCCUCUACCUUCUCUCUCUCCAGGACGGCUCUUGCGGAGGCAAAACUAGAGUAUAGCCCCCAGCAUGUGAGCAAGGAAAUCUACGCCACCUUCGCCCUGGUCAUCCUGCCCACUAAGAUGGCGGAAGCUGCAGGGGAGUUGGGCAGCAUUUCUGUGUUGGUGUGGACCACCCAACCAUGGACCAUCCCAGCCAACCAGGCUAUCUGCUUUAUUUCCAAUGCCCAGUAAGUGCCACUGUCAACAGACACCCCGCACACAGAUACCUGCAGACUGCACAUUCACUAGAAUCACUAACAUGAUAAGGUAUAUCUCCUAUCUGUUGUCAAUGUGUUAUCAUUUCUCACCCACAGGUAAUCAGUAGUGAAGAGGGCAGACAGCUCACAGCUUCUCCUAGUGGCCACAGAGCGCGUUUCCAGCCUGGCAACUCUGCUGGGCACAGAGCUGGAGAGUGUGGGCACCUUCACAGGUAAACUAUCCACACUCUCAGACAAACACACACACUGUCUUUUCACCUGUCAUUCUAAUGCUUUUUCUUCCCAUCCCCACCUCUAGGUGCAGAACUUGAGGGCGGAGUCUGCCAGCAUCCCACCAUUCCCGGGAAAGAGGUUCCAUUGCUUCCAGCUAAUCUUUUGACCAUGGGAAAAGGAACAGGAUUGGUCCACACAGCUCCUGCCCACAGUGUGGCCUCACAGUUUAAACUAACAGGGGUGCGUUCUUUUAGUUGACUGAUAUAGCAGCUGGAUUGACAGAGCAGAAUGAGUUCACUAACUUGGAUGCCAGUUAGUCUCUGAUAAGCCAACUCCCGAAACAGUCUGGCGUCCAGGCUAAAACAGUAGUUUGUAAGUCUUUAUGAACUUCCAAUUAUAUAUGUACGGCUGUGUAUGUUUCUCCUGUUCCAGGAGUGUAUGGUGGAUGAGGAAGGCAGGUUCAAUGAGCUAGCAGUCUGUGAUGGGGGAGGGAAAUUACACGGGUAGGACGAAACUGUAUGUGUGUGAGCGACAGAGUUCUAGUUCAGCUUCUGCCUCUCUGUACACGCUUUUGUGUGUUUUCUGUGUGUGUAUCAGUGAUCAUGCUGAAGGCGGUCUGUGCUCUUGUGAAGGAGGAGGAGUGUGUCCACAGCUACCCAUACGACUGGGGGAGUAAACAGCCUGUAAUCAUCCAACCCAGAAAACAGUGGUUCAUCAACACUGCAAGCCUCAAAGACAAGGCCAAGGUUGGAAUCACACACUGGGAAUAACUCUUACAAACAGAGAAUGAUUCUCAGUUCUCACUGUGAUACAUUAAGAAUGAUUCUUUCAAACAGGCGAUGACUCUCACUCACAUAACUUAGAACAAGUCCCACCCAGUUAGUUGGACUCUUAGAAACUGAGAAUGCGUCUUCCUCUAGGAUUAAGAAACUCUUUCUGACUGUGUGUGUAGGACGUGCUGGCAAAGGUGCGUGUAAUGCCAGAGUCAGCAAAGGGCAGUCUGUUGGCCCAGCUGGACAGAAGACUGUACUGGUGUAUCUCUCGCCAGAGAAGCUGGGGUGUGCCCAUACCUGUGUUCUACCACAAAGAGACAGGAGAGCCUCUCCUGAACAAGUAAUUACACACACACACACAAACCGCCACCACACUCUGACCCCUGCACUCUCCCCCUACAGGCACACUGUAUCCCAUGUGGCCCAGUUCUUCUCAGAGAAGGGCAGUGACUGCUGGUGGGAGCUGCCCCUGGAAUCUCUACUGCCCCCUGAGGUGCUCAAGAAGGUGAUUCUCCGCAGUGCAGAGCAGGGAACAGUACAUAUACAGUGCCUUCAGAAAGUAUUCACACCCCUUGACUUUUUCCACAUUUUUGUUGUGUUAAAAAGUGGGAUUAAAAUUGAUUUAAUUGUCAUUGUUUUGUCAACGAUCUACACAAAAUACUCUGUCAAAGUGGAAGAAAAGUUAUGUUUUUUUUAUGAACAGAAAAUAAAACACCAAUAUAUCUUGAUUAUAUAAGUGUUCAACCCAGUGAGUCAAUACAUGUUAGAAUCACCUUUGGCAGUGAUUACAGCUGAGUCUUUCUGGGUAAGUCUAAGAGCUUUGCACACCUGGAUUGUACAAUAUUUGCCCAUUAUUCUUGAAAAAAUGUGUUAAGCUCUGUCAAGUUGGUUGUUGAUUAUUGCUAGACGGCCAUUUUCAAGUCUUGCAAUAGAUUUUCAAGCCGAUUUCAGUCAAAACUGUAACUAGGCCACUCAGGAACAUUCAAUGUUGUCUUGGUAAGUAACUCCAGUGUAUAUUUGGCCUUGUAUUUUAGAUUAUUUUCCUGCUGAAAGGUGAAUUUGUCUCCCAGUGUCUGUUUGGAAAGCAGACUGAACAAGGUUUUCCUUUAGGAUUUUGCCUGUACUUAGCUCUAUUCUGUUUAUUUUUAUCCUAAAAAAAUCUCCCUAGUCCUUGCCGAUGACAAGCGUACCCAUAACAUGAGGCAGCCACCACCAUUCUUGAAAAUAUGAAGAGUGGUACUCAGUGAUGUGUUGUGUUUGAUUUGCCCAAAACAUAAUGCUUUGUAUUCAGGACAAAAAGUUCAUUUAUUUGCAACAUUUAUUUGCCAAAUUUUUUGCAGUAUUACUUUUGUGCCUUAUUGCAAACAGGAUGCAUGUUUUGGAAUAUUUUUAUUCUGUACAGGCUUACUUCUUUUCACUCUGUCAUUUAUGUUAGCAUUGUGGAGUAACUACAAUGUUGUUGAUCCAUCCUCAGUUAUCUCCUAUCACAUCCAUUAAACUCUGUAACUGUUUUAAAGGUCCCAAACAGUCAUUCUGAUUCCCAUGUAAAAUAGCCUUUUUAAAUGACUAAAAUAUCACUCAUAAUAUUUUUGGGGGAUAAAAAUGCUAAGAAUUUGAGAAAAAGUACUCUUUUUCUCAUGGCUAACUACCAGGAAGUUUGAAAAGACAGGCUGAGUGGGCGGGGAGCUUAUUUUAAUGAGCUCGCCUUGUCUGACAGCUCUUUGAAACGCCUAUGUCAAGAAACUUGGAUGCAGUGUUGCAGUAAUAUAAUCUCAUGCAAAUUUGGUGAUGCACAAAGUAACUCAAACAAAAUAAAAAUUGCAUCAAUGUUUUUAUACAUCUCCCAUUUGGCAUGUCUCUUGUGAUGCAGUUCAUAGCAGCACUGACGGAUGUGUUGACAUGACAACUGCGUCAGAGUUUUGAACGACCCUUCCCCCACUUUUGUUCCAUGCUGGCUGAAGACCUAGCUAGCCAGUAACUAGCUAACACCAGACACAGAUGAAAGUAUCUUUGCCAUAGAUGAAUAGUGUAAACUUUUAAUUAUAUUUGCUGACACCCUACAGUAAAAUGCUGGCACCAGUAGAGUAGCUAUCUAGCCAUAUAAACCAUGCCCCUCCAAACACGCCUUUUCCAAUGUUGGUUACAAUGUGGUACUUAUUUAGAUUAGGUAAGAGAAUAUCAUGUUACCAUUGGUGUAUUAAAAUGAGAGUUAGGGUGAUGUCACCCUAUCCCCUUAAUAAUCCUGCCUCCUAAAUCCAAAUGUUUGAAAUGGGAGAGUGGACCAGUAACUUUAUGAUCAAACUUUAUCAAUAUAGAAGCCAGUCAUUUUCCAUACUUUGGUCAUCAUACUUUGAUCUGGUUUCAUUCAAAUAGCAUCCAAUUUCAUGAAAAAUAUGAUUUUGAUUGUUCAUGACCUUUAAAAUCACCAUUGGCCUCAUGGUGAAAUCCCUGAGUGGUUUCCUUCCUCUCCGGCAACUGAUUUAAGAAGGGUGCCUGUAUCUUUGUAGUGACACCAUCCAAAGUGUAAAAUUAAUAACUGCACCAUGCUCAAAGGGUAUUCAUUGUCUGCUUUUUUUUUUUUUUUACCCCUCUACCAAUAGGUGCCCUUUGCAAAACAUAGGAAAACCUCCCUGGUCUUUGUGGUUGAAUCUGUGCUUGAAAUUCACUGGUCGACUUAGGGACCUUACAAUUAUCUGUAUGUGUGGGGUAUAUAUUUGGGGUAGAUCUAAAAAUCAUGGGAAACACUAUUAUUGCACACACAGUGAGUCCAUUCAACUUAUUAUGUGACCUGUUCAGCACAUUUUUACUCCUUAACCUAUUUAGGCUUGCCAUAACAAAAGGGUUGAAUACUUAUUGACUCAAGGCAUUUCAGUUUCAUUUGUAAUUAAUUUGUAAACAUUUCUAAAAACGUAGUUCCACUUUGACCUAAUACGGUAUUGUGUGUAGAUCAGCGACACAAUCUUAAUUUAAGCCAUUUUAAAUUCAGGCUGUGUAACACAACAAAAUGGGGAAAAAGUCAAGGGUUGUGAAUACUUUCUGGAGGCACUGUAACUGCUACUUUCACUCACAAGUCAGUGAAUAUGGUUGUAUAAUUAGGAGAUGACUUUAGCACCGUGUGUGAAGGUUAACACGUGUGUUUGUCAGAGUAAAGCAGAAGAGGUAACAGACUAUGAGCGUGGAGAAGAUGUGUUGGACAUCUGGUUUGACAGUGGAACCUCCUGGGCUGCUGUUCUUGAAGGUGAAGUUCAGUGUUAGCUACUCUGGCAAAGCUACAUACUACUGCUGCCAAGUAUUCUUACACUAGCGAUUACGUUAAAUUCUUAGAAUUCAAGGUUGUUUCUGAAGGUUGCGUCUUAGCUAGGCCUAGCUAAAUCACAAUUUGGUAAGUGCCUACCUAUGCUCACACAGCCAGUAAUGCUAAGCGUCCUUACUGCACUACGCAGUUACUGAAGACUUACAAACUUCCUGGUAAUGCUAUCUCUAUUUGCCACAUUGCUCAUUGUGAAUAGUUCAUCCAGUAGCAAUUACUUAAACUCUAUCUCUACCUAUGUAGCAGCUUAGUCCUCUCACAUCAACAACUAGAUAAGUCUCCCUGAGGAACACACACUGUGACACCUCCUUAGAUAAGUGUUUAUUGUUGAUGGUGAGGAUGAUUGUACAAAACAUUAGGAACUGCUCAUUACAUUUACAUUUUAGUCAUUUAGCAGACACUCUUAUCCAGAGCGACUUACAGUUAGUGAGUGCAUACAUUUUUCAUACAUGACAUAGACUAACCAGGUGAAUCUAGGUGAAAGCUAUGAUCCCUAAUGGAUGUCACUUGUUAAAUCCACUUCAAUCAGUGUAGAUGAAGGUGAGGAGAAAGGUUAAAGAUGUAUUUUUAAGCCUUGAGACAAUUGAGACAUGGAUUGUGUAUGUGUGCCAUUCAGAGGGUGAUUGGGCAAGACAAAAGAUUGAAGUGCCUUUGAACGGGCUAUGGUAGAAGGUGCCACGUGCACCGGUUUGUGUCAAGAACUGCAACGCUGCUGGGUUUUUCAAGCUCAACAGUUUCCCGUGUAUCAAGAAUGGUCUGCCACCCAAAGGACAUCCAGCCAACUUGACACAACUGUGGGAAGCAUUGGAGUCAACUUGUGCCAGCAUCCCUGUAGAACGCUUUUGACACCUUGUAGAGUCCAUGCCCUCACAAAUUGAGUCUGUUCUGAGGGCAAAAGGGGAUGUGCAACACAAUAUUAGGAAGGGGUUCUUAAUGUUUUGUACACUCCAAUGUUCAGAUACAUGUAAACCACACCAUUUCCUGAGAUGUAUCCAUGUUGCCAUUGUGAGUGGUUGUGUUGUGUUUUCAGAGAUGAAGGAGGAGAGCGACUCUGACUCUGAGUCACGGCUCAGCUGGCUCCCUGCCUCCCUACGCAAACCCCUUGUGCCAGGUUAAUAACCCAACCCAAGACUUUACUCUCUCUACUCAUCCCUCCUUCUCUUUUACCUCCUCUCCAACACCUUCUCUCUAUUUCCUUUCUCUCGCUUUCUUUCUCUCACUUUCUCUCUCCCUCCCACCCUCUCUCUGACUCUCUCCUCAGCAUGUGGGACUCUGAGCACCUUAUCUGGGAGCUGAGCACCUUAAGGGUAGUUUCCCGUUCAGAAUUCACUCCCUGACUGUGCUCCUUUCUGUUUAGUCAGCUAUCUGUCUCUCGAAAGGCAGCAAGGGGGGAUCUUCAAGCCUCUCUCUAACCUCUACACUGCCCUGUGGCUUUGGAAAACUGCCCGUCAUGUAACAUUUCUGUACUGUCUCUGAAGGCUGGCCAAGGUGGAAUGUAUGUUGCUACUACAUUCACACAGGGCAUUGGUCAAGGCGUUGUUGCACGAUAUUGGUGUACUUCAGUACACUGCAGACUUGUCAUAUGCGUAGGCCUCAAUGUCCUCACUAACAAUGGCUGUAGUCUGUCUCCCUAGACUUCUCCUGCCUCUGUGGACAAUGUCAGUGAAGUUCUCCUGAUACUAUCUGAUUAAAGCUGGAAUCUGCAGUUGCUACAUACAUUUUUGGACUUAUAAAUGAAUGCUUUUGACUAAAACAGAGCCGAGGAGUCUGCUUUAUUGUUUCAGCUGCAGAUGCUAGCUUUCAGAGAACCACUGCUAAAACCUCAACAUAUUUCUCCCCUUUCUCUCCCUCAGAGUCGGACGCAAGGGCUGAUGUGUAUGUAGAGGGGAAGGACCAGAUAGGAGGUUGGUUCCAGUCCUCUCUGCUCACCAGUGUCGGCGUGCAGAAAAAGGCACCCUACAAGUCAGUGAAAGUCUUUAAUAUCGAAGUGGGCUUGCUGUAUCUGUGUCUGUAUGAAAUUCAGAGACGAAAAUGUAUACAUUAGUAAUUUCUCUCUCUCAGGGCUCUAGUAGUACAUGACUUUGUGGUCAGUGAGAAAGGAGAGAAGUCUUUAGGCAACUUAGUAGACCCAGAUACAGUCAUCCACGGUGGGAAGGUGAGAGGCAGUGGAUGAGAUCCCCACUUACUGGAGAAACACAUACACACACACUCCUGGGGUGGGAAGGCGACCCCUCUCUCAUCCCCUAUCUCUCUGUCUCUUUCCCUCUCUUUCUCCCAGGACCCCAGUGUGUCUCCUGCCUAUGGGGUGGAUGUUUUGCACUGGUGGGUGGCAAAGUCCAAUGUCUUCUCUGAGGUCCAGAUCGGCUCAACCAUGCUCAACUCAGCCAGAGACAUCAUCGAUAAGGUGAGUCUCUCAUGGUGUCUUCUGUGUGUCUGUCAAUUUGUCUGAAAAUAUGUCCGUCUGUAUGGAAGUUGGUCUCUCCCUGCUUCUCCAGACUGACAAUGCUAUAAUAACUCCUCCACCCACCCUUUCUCUUUCUAGUUGAGGAAUACCCUGAAGUUCUUGCUGGGGAAUCUGCAGGGUUUUGACCCUCGUACUCAGGCAGUGGACCCCAAAGAAAUGAACUACAUUGACCAGUACCUGCUGCACCUGCUCUAG